AUGGGAGCGGAUACAUACUUGCCCUAUCGUCUAGAGAAUAUGACGGAUCUGUACUGUCCAGAUAGUUGUGGUCAAGACACCGAGUGUUGUGUAUGUGAAAACAAACGUGGAUGGCAACUUGAGGGACAAGUAGUAGAUCUUCACGUUAGAUAUACAGAUAUUCGAGGAUCUUCGAUAGUAUACAUUCACUGGGAUGAUUCAACACACAACUAUACUAGAUUAUCUCAUGUAAACGGACGUCUACGAAAAUUACCAGCUAAUAUAUGUACUUUUCCGUCAACUGUGGAACUGGAGCUAGACAACAAUGAAAUCGAAAACCUCGACGGAAUCGGCUGUCUGGUCAAUCUCGACUCCCUCUACCUUAACGAUAAUAACCUAGAAAUCAUACGCAACACAACAUUCCGAAACUUAACGAGUCUACGUAAUCUGUAUCUAAGUAACAACAAAAUCGUCAGCAUUGAUCCUAAUUCCUUCAGUCUUUGUUGCGGUCAGUAUAUCCUUAACGUCGACAUAUCCAGAAACCAGAUCGAAUCCAUUGACGUUACAAAUUAUGCUCUGAAAACCUUCUGUAGAUUAUCGAUAUCAGAUAACAAAAAAAAUAUGAAAACUUCAAAUCAGCUGGGUUUCAAGAUAAUGCCUGAUGAAAAGUUUGGAACUGGUGGUACCAUUGACUUUGAAAACUGUUCUCUGCAAAGUUUCUUUAACUACUCCGAUUUCGGACUAGAUUCAUGGAACAAGCUCUAUAAGAACUUGGAUAUAUCUGUGUCAUUCACUAGUGAUGCACUAACGUGCGAUUGCAAUAUGGCGGAACUGCUUUCUGGUGAUAUUGGAAACAUUAAGAAAUUCUGGAAACAAGCGGAAGAAUAUAUUUGUGAAAGACCUCCCGAACUGAACGGUACAAAACUGACUGAUAUUUAUGUGACAUAUCCAGAGAAGCAGGACCUCCUUAUAUGCAAUAUUACUGAGUACUGUCCUAGAAAGUGUCACUGUUAUAACCAACCUAGCCAUGAUCGGGUUGUUGCCGACUGCCAGGGACAAGGACUUACAACAAUGCCGAAACAUUUACCAUGGGGCAACGGGGACAGAUUAAAACUUCUCUUUGCCGGAAAUGAUAUUCAACAUUUGGAAGAAAGACCUUAUUUAGGUCGUAUUUCAGAAUUGGAUCUUUCUGGAAAUAGACUGUCUCAUAUCUCGGAGACAGCAGCAUCAGUUUUACCUAACGAUGCACGACUCAAUGCAACUGGAAAUAAAUUGACAUCUUUGCCGCGUCAUUUUCAGAACAGAAGUCCAGCUACUCUUGUUUUAGGACAUGUUCUUCUUUCAUGCUCUUGUGAAGAUCUGUGGACGAGAUCCUGGCUUUCGUUUCGUCGCUAUGAAGACAGUCCCACCUCAUACAUAUGUGAGAACUUAGGUGGGAAAGUCAUCACAGAAGCUGAUUUUUCUUCGCUAAAAUGUUACCCAGACACUUCAAAUAUAAACAUUAUUCUAGGAAGUUUGGCGGCUUUACUUGCUAUUAUCGUGGUUAUCAUCCUCGCUCGGGUAUUAUGUUAUCCUGAAAUAUAUGUUAUAUAUCGUCGCAAACUCCGACGUGUAAAACAAUCACAAGGAUUUAAAUAUGACGCCUAUGUAUCAUUUUAUGACGAGGACACCUUACAACGAAAGUGGGUUAUUAGGAAUCUCGCUAAACAUAUGGAAAAGCGUGGAUAUACCUUAUUUAUUCCUGUCCGGGAUGCAAGCAUCGCCGAGUGCAGAGAGGAAUACAUCCGGAGUACGAUAGGGAGGUGUAAACAUUUCAUUAUCAUUCUGUCAGAAAAAUACUUCAAAUCAUCUGAUCAAGGGGAAACAACUCAAUUAGUCUUCACUCAGUUUGAAUUCAACAAUAUGUGGAAAGUGUACCAAAAUGAUAUGCGGCGAAAUUUGGUCAUUAUCAACUAUGAUAACCUAUCUGUCAGUGAAAUCAACAACCGUUGGGUGAAGGCUUGUUGUCGUGUUGGGGAGGUUGAAGACUUUACUGAAAGACAAGGCUUACUGUUGGACGUUAUUGAACAAAAACUGUUCCCAUCUUGCAGACAGUAUAACGAAUCCGAAAUCGAUGAACACAUUUCCCGGUAUGAUUUUAACGCAAAGCUUGUGUUUCAUGGAAAAUUGUAG